AUGCUGAAGCAGCACUCCAGCGGGAAGCUGCUUCUGGUUCGUGGUUUUGUGGUCCUCAUGGAGAAAAAGAAAAUCGAGGACCCUCGCAGAAAGGAAUUCGGUUUUCACAACUUCGGAAGACAAAGAGCUUUUGUCAAAACAGAACAGUUUAAGCCCUCAGUGUGCUCUGAAGCAGCAGAUAGCCUCACGGGCCGCGUGAUGCGUGGGCAGAGGAAGGGUGCCGCGUCCGUGUUCCGCGCGCACGUGAAGCACCGCAAGGGUGCCGCUCGUCUGCGCGCCAUGGAUUUCUCCGAGCGGCACUGGUACAUCAAGGGCAUCGUGAAGGAUAUCAUCCACGACCCAGGUCGUGGCGCGCCCCUCGCCAAGGUUGUCUCCCGUGAUCCGUACCAGUUUAAGAAGUGGACGGAGCUGUUCAUUGCCACCGAAGGCAUCCACACCGGGCAGUUCGUGUACUGUGGCAGGAAGCCUCAGUUGAAUAUUGGCAAUGUGCUCCCGGUGGGCACCAUGCCUGAGGGCACCAUCGUGAGCUGUCUGGAGGAGAAGCCUGGUGACCGGGGCAAGCUGGCCCGAGCCCCUGGCAACUAUGCCACCGUCAUCUCCCACAAUCCUGAGACCAAAAAGACCCGAGUGAAGCUGCCCUCCGGCUCCAAGAAGGUCAUUUCCUCUGCCAACAGAGCUGUGGUCGGUGUGGUGGCCGGAGGUGGCCGCAUUGACAAGCCCAUCCUGAAGGCCGGCCGAGCCUACCACAAGUACAAGGCAAAGAGGAAUUGUUGGCCCCGUGUGCGGGGUGUGGCCAGGAAGCCUGUGGAGCAUCCGUUUGGAGGUGGCAACCACCAGCACAUCGGCAAACCCUCUACCAUCCUCAGAGAUGCCCCUGCUGGCUGCAGAGUGGGUCUCAUUGCUGCCCGCCGGCCCGGGCGUCUACGGGGAACUAAGACUGUGCAGGAGAAAGAGAACUAG